GACGCCUCCGGCCCUCCACGUCAACCAGACCCGCAGAGCGAGCGCUGAGCCGCUCCUGAGGCGGGCGGGUCACGUGGCUUGGAGGCGCGCAUGCGCAGUCGCCGCACCGCCCCCUCAGCUCGGCUGGGUGGGUGGUGAGACCGCGGUAGCCCCCGCUCUGCGGACGCCGUGCGCCUGCGCCAAGCGGCGGGGGCGCCUGCCAGCCCCUGCUUUUCCUCAGAUUGUCUAAAGCCACAGGGAAGAUGGUGGAAAAUUCACCGUCGCCAUUGCCAGAAAGAGCGAUUUAUGGCUUUGUUCUUUUCCUAAGCUCUCAGUUUGGCUUCAUACUCUAUCUUGUGUGGGCUUUCGUUCCCGAAUCUUGGCUAAACUCCUUAGGCUUAACUUACUGGCCUCAAAAGUACUGGGCGGUUGCGUUGCCUGUCUAUCUCCUGAUCACGGUUGUAAUUGGUUACGUGCUCUUAUUUGGAAUCAACAUGAUGAGUACCUCUCCACUUGACUCCAUCCAUACGAUCACAGAUAACUAUGCUAAAAACCAACAGAGGAAAAGCUACCAAGAGGACGCCAUCCCAGCAUUAAGAGACAUUCCCAUUAGUGAAGUCAACAAAAUGUUCUUCCUAGACGCCAAAGAACUCAACACCUAAAACUGAGCUGUGUAUAAACAUCCUAAAACCAAC